UUAGUGAGUUGUGGUGCGUAAAGGGGAGCGGAUCAAAGUCAGGGCGCUGAGCGGGAUCUGGGGGCCAGGAAGAGACCCGGCCCCAAAGAAACAGAAACAGAAGAAGAAGAGAGGGAGGAGGAGGAGGCGAUGGCCGACUGAGACCUUUUCCUCGGGGAUCAGGUGGCUCCGGACUCUUGUUCAUCCCGAAAGAGGAGGAAAGAGCCGCCUAUGCGGAAGGAAAGCGGAGGCAGCACCUGAAAGAGUCCCAAUCCCCGUUCAGCCAUGAGGCAGAGCCUUCCCGGGCCAGGUCUCCUCCUGGGGCUGCUUUCUCUCGCGGGGUUCCUGCUGCCCGCCGCCUCUCAAGCAGUCUGCGCAGGCACCCUAAAUGGAUUCAGUGUGACCGGGGAUGCCCACCAACGGUACCAGACACUACACAAAAUGUAUAACAACUGUGAGAUCGUCAUGGGCAACCUCGAGAUUGUGCUCAUUGAACAAAACCACGACCUCUCCUUCUUGCAGACUAUCCGAGAAGUUACCGGCUAUGUUUUGAUUGUCAUGAAUGUCUUCACAUAUUUGCCACUUCAGAAUUUGCGCAUGAUACGAGGGACGCAAUACUAUGAAGACAAGUAUGCGCUCUACAUCGUCCUCAACUAUGAAAAGAACGUCACUCAUGCCCUCCACCAAGUGGGCUUCAACCAACUCACAGAAAUCCUCUCUGGGAAUGUCUACAUUAGGAAGAACAAGCAGUUGUGUCAUGUGGACACUAUUGACUGGAAGGACAUUAUCCGAGAUCCAAAUUCCCAGGCAGUGGUCCAAGACAAUGGGGAGAAGUGUUUGCCAUGUCAUGAGAACUGCAAUGGCCAUUGCUGGGGUCCUGGUCCGGAGGAUUGUCAAAAAUUGACCAAGACCAUCUGUGCUCCCCAGUGCAAUGGACGCUGUUUUGGUCCCAACCCCAAUGAAUGCUGUCAUGAUGAGUGUGCAGUAGGAUGCACGGGCCCACUCAAGACGGAGUGUUAUGCCUGCCGGUUCUUCAAUGACAGUGGCGCUUGUGAAACACUCUGUCCACCAUCGCUGAUUUACAAUAAACUCACCUUCCAGUUGGAGCCCAACCCUGACACCAAGUAUCAGUAUGGUAGCAUCUGCGUUAAAAACUGCCCUCAUAAUUUUGUUGUGGAUCAGAGCUCAUGUGUCCGGACCUGUCCUCAUCACAAAAUGGAGGUUGAAAAAAAUGGCCAGAAGAUAUGUGAGCCUUGUGAGGGACUCUGCCCAAAAGCUUGUGAAGGCACUGGACCUGGAAGCAAAUACCAAACUGUGGAUUCCAGCAAUAUUGACAACUUUAUCAACUGCACCAAAAUUCUGGGAAAUUUGGACUUCCUGAUCACUGGUCUGGAAGGAGACCCGUGGCACAAUAUAAGUGCCUUGAACCCAGAAAAACUGAACAUCUUCCGGACGGUGCAAGAGAUCACAGGGUACUUGAACAUCCAGUCAUGGCCCAAACAUAUGCAAGAUUUCAGCGUCUUCGCCAACCUGGUCACCAUUGGUGGGCGCAGCCUUUAUAACCGUGGGUUUUCCUUGCUGGUCAUGAAGAAUAUGAAUGUGACCUCUUUGCACUUCAGCUCGCUUCAGGAGAUAAGUGCUGGCAAAGUCUACAUCACGGAGAACCGACAACUUUGCUAUUACAAUACCAUCAACUGGGAACGUCUCUCACGCCGAAGUUCAGAUCUUGAUAUUAGGAGCAACAAACCUAUCAAGAAGUGCAAGCAAGAGGGGAAGCUUUGUGAUCCUCUGUGCUCCCAUGACGGCUGCUGGGGACCUGGGCCAGACAACUGUCUCACCUGCCUCAACUACAGUCGGGAUGGAACCUGCGUUGGUUCCUGCAACUUCUUUGAGGGGGAGGUUCGUGAGUUUGCAGAAGGUGGUGCCUGCUUCUCUUGCCACCCACAGUGCCAGAAGAUUGAAGGAGGCCUCACCUGCAAUGGUUUGGGUGCCGAUGCCUGCACAAUUUGCUCAGGCUACAAGGAUGGGCCACACUGUGUGGAAAGCUGCCCCAAGAAUAUCCAAGGGGAGAAAGGGCUUAUCUUCAAGUACCCUGAUGCCAACAGGGAGUGCUGGUCAUGCCAUGAGAACUGCACACAUGGGUGUGAUGGCCCAAACAUUGAAGACUGCUUCGUGGAGGAAAUGGCUGUUGUCGGGAAACCCCCAACAGUGAUUGCUGUGAUGGUUGUGGGAUGCCUUUUUGCCUUUUGCUCCUGUGUCUUGCUCACCUUCCUGUAUUGCCGUGGCAAGAAGAUUCAGAAGAAGCGGGCCAUGCGCAGAUACCUGGAAAGAGGGGAGAGUUUUGAGCCUUUGGAUCCCAGUGAGAAAGCCAAUAAAGUCCUGGCCCGAAUCUUCAAAGAGACAGAAUUAAAGAAGCUGAAAGUUAUAGGAUCGGGAGUCUUUGGAACAGUGCACAAAGGUGUCUGGAUCCCAGAAGGAGAUUCCCUCAAGAUUCCUGUCAGCAUCAAAGUUAUCCAGGAUCCAAGUGGCCGGCAGACGUUCCACGCUGUCACUGAUCACAUGUUGGCAAUAGGUAGCCUGGACCAUGCUUAUAUUGUCCGCCUCCUGGGUAUUUGUACUGGCACCCAUCUGCAACUUGUCACUCAGCUCCUGCCGCUGGGCUCACUGCUGGAGUAUGUCCGGAAAAACAAGGAUGCCAUUGGCCCCCAGGUGAUGCUCAACUGGUGUGUGCAGAUUGCCAAGGGUAUGUACUACCUGGAGGAGCACCGCAUGGUCCAUCGCAAUCUUGCUGCUCGUAAUGUUUUGGUAAAAUCCCCAAGCCAAGUACAAGUGGCAGAUUUUGGCAUUGCUGAUUUGCUUUAUCCAGAUGACAAGAAAUACUUCUACAAUGAAAUAAAGACACCAAUAAAAUGGAUGGCUUUGGAGAGCAUACAUUUUGGAAAAUACACCCACCAAAGUGAUGUAUGGAGUUAUGGAGUGACCUUAUGGGAGAUGAUGACUUUUGGGAGUGAACCUUAUGCUGGAAUCCACCUCUCAGAAGUGCCUGACCUUCUGGAGAAAGGGGAACGUCUCUCACAGCCCCAGAUUUGCACCAUUGACGUCUACAUGGUGAUGGUAAAAUGCUGGAUGAUCGAUGAGAACAUUCGCCCCACUUUCAAAGAGCUAGCCAAUGAGUUCACACGGAUGGCCCGUGACCCUCCUCGCUACCUGGUGAUUAAGAGAGAAUGUGGAACACUCCCCCACGCUGAGCCACCGCCCCUCACUGAAAAGGAGCUGGAUGAGAUGGAGACACUGGAUAUGGAGUCAGAGUUGGAAGAAGAGGAACUUAAUAACCUCUUUGUUUCCAGGCAGUGGAUUGACUCCACAAGGGCUCCAAAUCCUCUGAAUCCUUCUGCUGGGUACAUCCCAAUGAAUCAAAGCACCCUGAGUGGAAGUCGCCAGAGCACUGGUCUGGGGUCCCGGCAGACUUUGCGUAUAAGGCAGGAGUCGGUGGGUCGAACCGUAUCGGAGUCAUCAGAGGGGCGAGGCACAGCUUCAGAGUAUGACCUCACCGAGGAUUUGUCAUUGUCUGGGAGCCUAUGCCGCAGCCAACGGUCCCGUGGAGAUAGUGCCUACCUGUCUCAGCGAGAGAGCCUGAUGCUUCCAGUUGGGAGUGCUGAUGGAGAGGAAGACGUCAAUGGCUAUGUCAUGCCAGAUCGAAGUGGCAGAGAGCGUGCGGCUGGCCUUGCUGCCUCCCUGGUCCGAGGCUCCCUCCCUGUGCAUGAAGCAGAGGAAGAGUACGAGUACAUGAAUCGGCGCCCUGCAAAAUCCUCGCAGCCUCGGCCAGCCUCCUUAGAGGAGCUUGGCUAUGAGUACAUGGAUCUGGGCUCAGAACUGAGUGCAUCCCUGGGCAGUGUACCCAGCUCCCAACUAACUACGCCUUGCCGGGAUGAAGGUGAUGAAGAGGAGGAUUAUGAGUACAUGAACAAGCAACCCAAGCUCAGCAAAUCCCUGAGCAGCAUCCACAGCUCUCGAGGAGACUAUACUGAUAUGGACUCGGGCAUCACACAGGGCUCUCCAGAUGAGCAAGGCUACGAGGAAAUGGACGCCGUCUUGCCCUCGGUUCAGUGUCUUGACAGCCAGAGUCCCCCCUAUCCAAAGAAUGGGUUCAUGAACCCCCUGCGGACCCUGGAGGCCUCGGACUGUGCUUUUGACAACCCAGAUUACUGGCACAGCCGGAUGUUUAGCAAAGCCGAUGUUCAACGGACUUAGCCAAGGGUUGGCAGCUUCAUCUAUCUUUAAGGAAGAUCGCCUUAAUCAUGGCUCUUUAGCUGCCAACAACCUUACUGUGAUUUGUAGGGUGAAAGGGGGAGAAUUUCCAUAAGGCUCCUAAACCACAGGGAUGUUGACCUCAGUAGCUGCGCCCAACCAAGACAGGUCUCCCAUUGGGUUGCACAAUGGCACCUCUGUCUGGCACAGUGGUCUGGCCUAUCUGUUUCUCUGGUUCAAAUGCUCUGAUUUAGAAGGCAAAUAGGAACCACUUGGGGAGGUAGAAUCCCAACUAGUGGAAUCCACUCCACGACAAACUGCGAAGGCCUGAUCUAGUGGUAAGAUGUCCUUUUGUGUAAGGAGAGGAGAUGACUUGCUUGGUUGUGUCUAGGCACAGUGCUCUACUGAUGGAGGACAUUAUCUCUUCAGGAAACAGCUCCAGUUUCGAAAGCCAAGCCAAGUCUCCCAUGCUGACCUGCCAAAGUGCAACACCACAAUGGCACCCCAUGCUGAACCUUUGACAACAGUGGGGGCCUCUGGGGGCCUGCCACUGCCACCACCGCUUCUGUAAUGACAACCCCCUGCUCCUCCAUAGCAGGGGGGCUGACGCAUGAGCCAAGCAUGCUGAGCCUGGCUGUAAGACUGAAGGGGAGGAAGCACUCCCUUUAAAAGAAUGAUGUCCUUGUUUGCUAUGCUUGACAAUGUAUGCAAUGGAAGAGGAGAGGAUUAGCUAUUGGGGUGGAUAUUAUGAAGGAUAAUUAUGCUUUUUUUCUUUCUUUCUGAGAGCCUGACAUAACCUCAUUUAGGGAGGAAAUGUGUAUGAAUGUGAAGCUGUAAGAAAACAUAAAUUCAUAGUGUUGGAAGAGACCACAAGGGUCAUCCAUUCCAACCCCAUUCUGCCAUGCAGGAACUUGUGGGUUUUGAACUUACUUCUCAUAGUCAAAGAGGGUGGAAUCCAGAAUUCCUAGUCUCUGCCUUCAGCUCACAAACUGAUAUUCCACAGUAUUAUUAACAAGCCCUGUGCCUUACAAAUGUUCAUAUCUAGGUGGAAUACAAGACAGUGGACAGAAAUAAAUCCUGACCAUACCAGAGAUCCACAUUUCCAUCACCAGCAUGUAGAUUCUCACUAUCAGCAGCAUCUCUCCCACCUGGCAGAAGUCAUCUCUAGCACAGCAGGGAGAAAGAGUGUGUGGUCUUGCUCAGGAGAUGGGAAAAAUUUCUAUCCCACUCCAUGGAGGUGUUUCAGGACCUUUUGAAAGGCAUCAUUCUCAAUAUUGGCUUCCUCAGUGAAAGGGAAUAUAGAAUGUUUCUCAGGACAGGGGCCAUGUAAAGGAGGCGGCCUAAACUUAAUUCCCACGCCAAUAGGGGAAUACUCCAGCAGGGUUGUGCAUUACUGCUGAGUUGACUCAUGCUAUUCAGAUGGCUCCAAAGUUGCACUGUGGGCUUCAAUACUGUUUCCCCUGAAUCAGGCUGGUUUACACAAGAGUAUGACUUGGGAACACAUUUCUCCUUUCCAUCACCACCGUCUGCCCCACCUUGCCCUAAAGACCAGUCAUACUGUAUGUAACCUUGUCUUUGUUUUCACAUGUUCUCAGUUGCAUCAUACAAGGAAUAUUUACAAAAGGAGGGAAAAAUCAAAUGCAGUCAGGGAGAGAUGAAAGCUAUUAGAGAAACCCUGUCUUUGAUCUUAUAUCUUGGUGUCUUGUUUGAGUUCUGUGCAAAAUCCUUUCUGCAGUGUGUUUUAAAGAAGUCAAAACAUAGUUAAGGGGAGAAAAAUAACCUAGAUUAGUGAGGUCCCCUGUGUUGGUCUCCAGAAGUUCUUCUAACCUGGAAAUAUGUGACUUGGAGAAGUUUUGAAAAUAUGUGAUGCUACUUGUGUAAUUAACAGGCUGGUGAAUCGACCCCCUCCCCCACCCCACAAAUUCCUCAUCCUCUCCAGUCCAAAGAGAGGAAAAGAGUAGGUGACAUAAAAAAGGAGCUCCAUUAUUUCCCGAGCCAUUUUGGAUCCCAGUAUUUCAGAUUUUAUUAACUGAACUGAGAGAAGCAGGCUCUUUGGGUGUGUGGAUGAACGACGUUUGAACAAUGCUCAGAUGACUGAGGCUGUAUCUACACUGACCAUUUAAUGUAGUUCACAGCUAACUUCCAACUGCAGUAGUCAGACAAGAAAUUCAUACAAAAGCAAGCCCUGAAAGUGCAUCAGUGGUUUAUAGCAUCACCAUCUGGGCUUCAGAACUGGUCCAAGGAUUUUCGAUGUAAUCAUCUGCACGGUGAAACCACUUUUUUCAAUACUGGUUUGAAACUGCAUUAAAUGGUUAGUGUAGACAAGGUGUGAAUGGAUUCUGAAGGAGAGCUUUCAUUUUAUUUGACUUGGAAGAUAUAUACACACACACACACACACACACACACACACCUACCUCCUAGCCCAGUGUGGGAAACAGGGAGUUGAUAAAUUAGCUCCUUGUCCAGAUUGGAAUUCUGCAGGGUGUGGCGAAAUCUUGACAAAGUUGAAAAGCAAGUAGAGCUACCUGCCUUGCGCCAACAAGACUGGCACCUGAGCUGCAUACAAGGGGUUGGCUAAGAUUGGGAAGAGUGCUAGAGACGCUAUUAGAUUGCCCUCUACAGGAAAAAGAAGUUAUAAAAUAUUGCCAAAGUUUGGGCUUAUUAAUUAAGUGGAAUCUUUUAGGGGAGAAGGAGAUAAGAAAUUCGUCUCCUUCCCCCCUCCCCCGGCCUCACCUCCCCAAGCAUAAAUUAUUUCAGGUUUUUCUUUAUCUUACUGUCAUAUUGUGGGACACAUCAAGUUGAAAAAAAAUAGUGGAGUAGUAAAUAACCAUAGUAGUCAGUCAGUGGUUUGAGUAGUGAAUGUGAGCAGUUCACAUCAUGACAAGCCAGGGGAGGAGACAUCCUGGCUCAGUGCUGAAAUCAUGGUGUAGUCUGAUAAGUCUAAGGGUGCAGUCUGAUGCACAUACCUGGUAGCAAACCACAUGAACAGAGUGGGAGUUUCUGCUGAGUAAAAAAGCACAAUAGGGCUGCACCAUCAGGUUCUACCAGUACAACAAGAAUUGUUUCUUUCCCAAGCAAUUGCUCCCAGUAUCCCUACCUUCCUUUCAUUUUGACCAACCAGCCAAAAGAUCCUUCUUAGCUGGAGGGGAAACACUGUGUUGAGGAACAUACAACAAAUUAGCUUGGCCAUAGUUUUCCAAGAGUAGUUAAACGUUAACAAAAGCAACAGAACCAUGCCUUACAUUUUAGCCAUUUUUAACUGGAUUUUGGAUAUACUAAACUACUAUGGGACAAUGUACGCUGUUGUCUCAGUACUUCUGCCUCCAUUGUACUUGCACAAGGCAUGCAUAAAAUACUAUUGAAAACUUUAGGCAUCUUUCAGAGAAAGUUAAGUGUGCAAAAACUUGGCAUUUAAACUUAGGCAAGCCUCCCCCCUCCCUUUCUUUUGUACUUGCAUACAGAGUCAUUGUACCUGUUACUGUCCAUCUUUUGCUUUGGGAUAGUAGAGUUGCCAAUCAUUUGGGGGGGGGGGGAAUAACCAUG